AAAAAAAGCCUGCAUCACCAUGGUAGUCACAAUUGAAAACGUUAGAGUCCAAAAGCCAGCCCCAGAAACUGUCUUGAAGAGAAGAAAGAGACUCCAAACUCAUACUGAAGAAAGAGCCAAGCUCGCUUUCGACAGAAAGAAGAAGCUCAUUGUUCUUAGAAAGAAGGCUUUGAAGAGAGCCGAAAAGUAUGCUAAGGAAUACAAGCAAAAGGAAGCUAACGUCAAGGCUGCUCACGAUCAAGCUGCUAAAGUUGGUUCCCUCUUCGUUGAACCACAAGCUAAAUUGGCUUUCGUCAUCAGAAUUAGAGGUAUCAAGUCUGUUGCUGCCAAGGCCAAGAAAGCUCUCCAACUCUUGAGACUCAGACAAAUCAACAACGGUGUCUUCGUCAGAAUUAACAAGGCUACUUUGAACUUGUUGAAGCUCGUUGAACCAUACGUCGCUUGGGGUUAUCCAUCUUUGUCCACCAUCAAGCAACUCAUUUAUAAGAGAGGUUCUUUGAAUGUUAACGGUGAUAGAAAGCCAAUCACUAGCAACGUUCAAAUUGAACAAAAGUUGGGUGAAAAGGAUAUUGUCUGUGUUGAAGAUUUGGUUCACGAAAUUCACACUGUUGGUCCACACUUCAAGGAAGCCUCAAACCUUUUGUGGCCUUUCAAGUUGCAACAUCCAAAGGGUGGUUAUGAAACUAUCAAGAAGCACUUCAUUUUGGGUGGUUCAUUCGGUAACAGAGAAGAAUAUAUCAACCAAUUGGUCAAGAAGAUGUUGUAAAUCCAUUCUAAUAAAAACUAUAAAUUAAAAUUUCAA